AUGGCUGUUUCAGGCGCUGUCAUUAGCCCAAAUCCAUACAUUUCACCAUGCCUGACAGCUCCAAGACCAAACAAUGGCUGCAGAAAACAGUUCAUGUUGAGAGCUUCUUCAGCCGGUAGAAGUUCAGAUGGUGAGGAAGGGAACAUGAUUACCUGGAAAGAGAAAGAGGGAUGGAAGAUUGAUUUCUCAGGGGAAAAGCCAGCCACACCAUUACUUGAUACAGUCAAUUACCCUGUCCACAUGAAGAAUCUCUCUAAACAGGAUCUUGAACAACUAGCAGCAGAACUUAGAGCAGAUAUUGUAUACACUGUAUCAAAGACAGGUGGGCAUCUAAGUGCAAGCUUAGGAGUAAUAGAGUUGGCUGUGGCUCUGCACCAUGUUUUCAACACCCCUGAUGACAAAAUCAUAUGGGAUGUUGGCCAUCAGGCAUACCCGCAUAAAAUUUUGACAGGAAGAAGAUCCAAAAUGCAUACCAUUAGGAAAACCUCCGGGCUAGCAGGGUUUCCGAAAAGGGACGAAAGCAUCUAUGAUGCAUUUGGUGCAGGACAUAGUUCUACAAGCAUCUCUGCUGGACUUGGUGUGUCUGAAUUUUCAUUAUAA